GGCAACCCUGCUAAAAUUCUGUUGCUAAUUUUUGUUGUUCCCUCUUAGCCGGCUAUAUAGUUAACUUGUAAUCGUUAAACCGACUGCCUAACCCUUAAAAUCAUGGCUAGCAACGAACCCGGUAGCGGAAACUUGAUGGACGAGUUUGAGGAGGCCUUCCAGUCGUGCCUGCUGUCCCUGACCAAGCAGGAACCGAAUUCCGGGACGAACAAGGAGGAAAUCGAGCUAGAGGUACAGAAGACCACAAAUCGCUUCAUAGACGUGGCGCGCCAAAUGGAGGCUUUCUUCCUGCAAAAGCGUUUCCUCGUCUCCACGCUGAAGCCCUAUAUGCUGAUCAAAGACGAGAACCAAGACCUGAGCAUCGAGAUCCAGCGCAAAGAGGCGCUCCUACAGAAACACUACAAUCGCCUGGAGGAGUGGAAGGCCUGCCUCUCGGACAUCCAACAGGGAGUACACAGUCGCCCCACGCCGCCCAUCGGAGCUGGAAUGCUGCAAGGUCCCGGUGGCGGAAUGCCACCCAUGGGCGGUGUACCUCCGCGCCCAGGAAUGAUGCCCGGAAUGCCACCUGGAGCGAUGCAACCCGGCGGUCCCAUGCAGCCAAGUCCGCAGCACAUGCUGCAGGCCCAGCAGAUGCAACAGCUUCGCAUGAUGGGCAGGCCAAAAUGAUUAGGAAAUGAGAUCCAUCCUAGCAUGUAAUUUUGUAUAGAUCCGGCUUAGGCUACUUUUAGUUAAAUAAACUGAUUAAUUCUCUAAA